UCCAAACUCCAAAAUCAUCUUCUGCUUCAGCCAUGGCCCAUAACAUUAGCUUGAGAUGUUUGGCAAUGGUUGUCAUUGCAUUUUUCUUCACAGUGCAAGGAACUCUUGGGGAGGUAGAAUGCGAGCGUUUGAGCGAGGACACGUGUGCAUUUGCGGUGUCAUGGGAGGGAAAACGGUGCGUGCUGGAGAAGCGUGUGAAGAGAAGCGGGGAAGAGGCUUACACGUGCCGGACUUCAGAGAUUGAAACGGAAAUACAAAACGGACACAUUGAAACGGAGGACUGCAUAAAGGGUUGUGGUUUGGACAGAAAAUCCUUUGGAAUCUCUUCGGAUUCUCUUCUUGAGGUUGGGUUCACCAAAAACCUAUGCUCCCCUCACUGCUACCAAAACUGUCCCAACAUUGUUGACCUAUAUUUCAACCUUGCAGCCGGUGAAGGUGUGUUUCUUCCCGGAUUGUGUGCAUCAGUAGGUGCAAAUGCUCGUCGACAAACGGCUGAGAUCAGAAGCUCUGGUUUGGUGGAAUCAGGACCACUGAGCUCUCUGCUAUUGGCUCCAGCUUCUCCACAAGCACUGGCACUUGCUCCAUUGCCACAGUUCUAAGUGGUGUUUUUCAUAAUGCAAGCAAUGCAUAAUUAGUGUUGCAUACUUAAUGCGUGUUUAGUUUGUAAUAAGGAUGUUGCCAGCACACCAAUAUAGCUUGGUUUUGAAUGUGUAAUUAGUUAAUUUAAUAAACAUAUAUAUAAAUUUUAAA